CUAGGCUCAAGGAAUCCCGUGUUUUUUGAGCGUUUUCUCAGCUAUUUACCCGGUCUGAGGUCGGCGUUCGUCCCCCUCGUGUCGGCCGGAUAACUUCGCCCGCUGCGUGGCUCCCCGCCGACCAGCUUUUUAUUCUCUGUCGGCGCGUAUGAGCGUAUGAGGGGAGGUUGUGAUAAAUAAGAAGAGAAAUGCAGGGAUUCGUCAGGUUACAGUUGCACCGCUGAGCUGCCCCUGCGCUACGACGCUCCCCCCGGUUUUUCUGCUUCUCUUCACGCGGGACCAUGGAGUGAUAAAAGAGGGGGGAUUGGACGCAUUCACCCCGAGAUCCGAGCGCGGCGGCCACACCGACGGGGCUUUUACACUCCCUGGUCAAUGUGUUGCCGAGUUUAACAUCCAAACCGGGGUAUACCUUUCCGUCUGGGAGAGCCUCGGGGACCCCUGCCGCUGUUCAGCCGGGGGGAGAGAGUUCACAGGCGGCUGUCGGACAGUUUUUUUCCGUUUGAAUAGCCCCGCACAGCCAGCCUGAAUGAGGGCGAGGAGAAGCGCAGGGGAAGAGAGUCGCUGCAUGUGAUUUGUGUCCGAGAGGGUCCGGGCAGCACGGAUCUCUUUAGGUGCACCCGAGCCCCCCUGUAGGCGCUGUGCGACAUGGUGAAAGUCUACAGAAGAGGGAGAACGGGACAACACUUUUAAAAUCGCCCACAUGCACUGGAUCAAUUGCUGGAUUUGGGAACCGAAUACGCAGAAGGGGGGUUGGGGAUCCUUGGAGGCUGCCGGAGGAUGGAGCGGUGUAGCCGGGGUUGGUGAGAGCCUAACUUCGGGCCACUUUACAUUUCUUAUUCCUACACAACUCGCCCCCGUUCCCAGGACACAUGCAGGCCAAAAAACGCUACCUGAUCCUGCUCUCCGCCGGUGCAUGUCUUGUGCUUCUCUUCUACCUCGGAGGGGUUCAGCUUCCAGCGGCGAGCAGGAGCCGGCAUGACCGCAGCAGGAAUGGGUACCGGCCCGACCAGCCCUGGCCUCACUUCUCGGACCCUUUACACCCUUUCCUGCCCUGGGAUCAGACGGACACCGAGGAGUACAACCUGCACAUUUCUCCGCGGCAGAAGAGGGACGUCAACACGAGUGUUUACAGGGGCAAGCGGUGCCGCAUGGAUUCAUGCUUUGACUUCUCUCUCUGUCACAAGAACGGAUUCAAAGUUUAUGUUUACCCGCAGCAGAAGGGGGAGAAGAUCUCUGAGAGUUAUCAGAAUAUUUUAUCGACCAUUGAGGGGUCCAGGUUUUACACCUCAGACCCCGGACAGGCGUGUCUGUUCGUCCUGAGUCUGGACACUCUGGACCGGGACCAGCUGUCCCCGCAAUACGUCCACAACCUGAAGACCAAGGUCCAGAACCUGCCUCUGUGGAACGACGGCAGGAACCACCUUAUAUUUAACUUGUACUCGGGGACGUGGCCGGACUAUACGGAAGACUUGGGCUUUGACAUCGGUCAGGCCAUGCUGGCCAAAGCCAGCAUCAGCACCGAGAACUUCAGGCCCAACUUCGACGUGUCCAUCCCCCUCUUCUCCAAAGAGCACCCGAGGACCGGCGGGGAGAGGGGGUACCUCAAGUACAACUCCAUCCCGCCUUUUAGAAAAUACAUGCUGGUGUUCAAAGGGAAGCGCUACCUGACGGGUAUCGGCUCGGACACCAGGAAUGCCUUACACCACGUCCACAACGCGGAGGACGUGGUGCUGCUCACCACCUGCAAGCACGGCAAAGACUGGCAGAAGCACAAGGACGCGCGCUGUGACAAGGACAACGCGGAGUAUGACAAGUAUGAUUAUAAGGAGAUGCUGCACAACUCCACCUUCUGUUUGGUGCCCCGCGGCAGACGACUGGGCUCCUUUCGCUUCCUCGAGGCGCUGCAGGCUGCGUGUGUGCCGGUGAUGCUGAGUAACGGCUGGGAGCUGCCUUUCUCCGAGAUCAUCGACUGGAACACAGCCGCGGUCAUCGGCGACGAGAGGCUCCUGCUGCAGAUCCCGACCACCGUGCGCUCCAUCCACCAGGAUAAGAUCCUGUCCCUGAGACAGCAGACUCAGUUCCUGUGGGAGGCCUACUUCUCCUCCGUGGAGAAGAUAGUGCUGACCACGCUGGAGAUCAUCCAGGACCGCGUGCUGGAGCACGGCUCCAGGAGCAGCCUGAUGUGGAACAGCCACCCCGGGGGCCUCUUCGCCCUGCGGCAGUACUCCGGAUACCUGGGAGACUUCCCCUUUUACUACGCCACACUGGGUAUUAAACCGUACCCCAAGUUCACAGCGGUCAUCCACGCCGUGUCCCCUCUGGUGUCCCAGUCCCAGCCCAUACUCAAGCUCCUGGUAGCUGUGGCCAAGUCCCAGUACUGCGCACAGAUCAUCGUCCUGUGGAACUGUGACAAGCCUCUACCUGCCAAGCACCGCUGGCCCGCCACCUCAGUGCCCGUCAUCGUCAUCGAGGGAGAGAACAAGGUGAUGAGCAGUCGUUUCUUGCCCUACGAGACCAUAGUGACCGAUGCUGUCCUCAGCCUGGAUGAAGACACAGUGUUGUCCACCACAGAGGUGGACUUCGCCUUCACCGUCUGGCAGAGUUUUCCAGAGCGAAUCGUAGGUUACCCCGCUCGCAGCCACUUCUGGGACAGCAACAAGGAGCGCUGGGGCUACACAUCCAAGUGGACCAACGAUUAUUCGAUGGUGCUGACCGGGGCCGCCAUCUACCACAGGUAUUACCAUCACCUGUACACCAACUACUUACCCACGAGUCUGAAGAGCAUGGUGGACCAGCUGGCCAACUGCGAGGACAUCCUGAUGAACUUCCUGGUCUCCGCUGUCACCAAGCUGCCGCCCAUCAAGGUCACACAGAAGAAACAGUACAAGGAGACCAUGAUGGGACAGUCUUCGAGGGCUUCUCGCUGGGCCGAUCCGGACCACUUUGCCCAGCGGCAAACCUGCAUGAACAAGUUCGCCAGCUGGUUUGGCGCCAUGCCGCUGGUCCACUCUCAGAUGAGGCUGGACCCUGUCCUGUUCAAGGACCAGGUCUCCAUUCUCCGCAAGAAAUACAGGGACAUCGAGAGGCUCUGACAAGACCGGCGCCCCCUCGGGGGAGACCCCACGCAGGGGGAGACGCGCGAGAGAGACUCUGUGGAGAGUAGAAGGAGUAGUAGGACUACAGCAGGAUGGACAGGGAGCGACACAGCUCUGUCUUCCACUCAGCACAUUGCCAAUGACCACAGCGCCGCUGCUGCCAGGACUUGACGAGGGAAGGGACGAAUAGGAAACAAGCAGAUGGCAUUUGGAUAUGAAAAACACAAACAAAAACCGCAAACACAGACAGACAAAGAGGACUACACAAACUGACGCACAUGCCAAACAGUACUGUAUGCUUUGCAAACGUGCAAACACGCAGCACGCACUACUGACGACGAGAACUCUUGGAUAGAAUAUUUUUUUGUACAACACGAACGAGGACGACAUUGACUUUCCUGCUCUCUCGGCACACGUGCAGGACGGUAGAAGAGGGGAGGUGUUCGUGAUCGCAAACCUGGCAACCCCACCCACCAUAAAUCCUACUGGUCGCCCCUAGCAACCCUCCCCAGUCUGCAUCAGGACGUAAUACUGGACUCGCUACCAAACCCCUGCUUUAUAGCCCAGGAAACCCUGUUCUUGAGUUGAUUUGAUUUCUGUACAAAUCAGCACUCUGGUAUCACUGUUGGCUCUUUCUCCUCUCUGAGGUUUGAAGUCAGAGCAUCAUCAGUUUCGUGUUUCUGUUCUCGAGGCAGAAAAGGUAAACGGCAGAGUCCAACCUGUUAUUACAGUGGCCUGGCGAGGUUUUUAUAGCAAAUCAGCCAUUAUUUCCUUAAAUUCUCGGCUAUUGAUACACAUCCUUGAGCCCGCAGUCUGAAACAUCCUGUCUGUCCUAUCCUUGGCUCUUUCCUUGAUGUGCUGAUAUGGCUUUUAUAAUGGUCUAUCUGCUGCCCUGUUAUCACGAAGAUAAGUAAGAAAAACAUUGUGUUUCAUAUCCCAUUUUCCUCUCAUACUCACCAAGGCAGUCGUACUUUUCUCAUCUUUUUUUUCCCCCACUUACUUUCAUCAUCUUUUAUUUCCCCCUUCAAACUCUCUGUACUUUCACUCUUCUGUGUGUGUGUGUGUAUGUGUGUGCGUGUGCGUGCGUGUUGUGUGUUCAGAGCCUUGAAAAGUUGGCUCAUCCAACCAUAAGCUCAAGCGGAGUAGAUUUUCUCUCCGUUGGAAUGGGCGAAAUGAACAUUUCUGGAUGAAAUGGAGCAGAACGUUGCAUUCUAACCCAAACUCGUUUCGCCCAUUUAUUUCUCCCUGUAUCCUUACAGGGAGGAAUGGAAUAAGAUUUCAGACCAUAGCAGGUCUUUAGUGACCGGCGUCAUUUCACAGGAGUGCUUGUAGAGAGAUUUUUUUUUUUUUUUAACGCUGAGCGCAUCAGUGCCAUUCUGAGGGUCUGCCUUUAAAAUUGUUUAUUGCACAUCACGUUGCCUCCAUCAGUUUGAGAUGCCUAGAUGCUCUCGCGUUGAAAUAUUCUAGUCAUCAGUCCGAUGUGGCUCUCCUGCCGCCAUUUUUUCCCCCCCCUGUGACAUAUCAGAGGACCUCGAGGCCAUUAAGUUGACAAAAGGUUUUCUCCUCCAUUUGUCAGGCAGAGAUACUGUACGUUUGGGCUUCAAUUAGGUAAACCUAUUUCAUGUGGAGCGCUGUUUUAUUCCCAGGGGACAAGCUGUUGAUGAAACACUCUAACAUUAUGGACCAUUGUGUUGUGAAAGCAGUGACCCACACACAUGACCUGCUGGCUAAUGCUAGCCUUGGGAGGACAGCCUAAACACCCCCUCCCCCUGUACGCCGCUGAAUCUACAGCAAACCUCCUGACAUUAUGCACCUUAAAUUACCUUGUUGCUAUUGGACAAACAGAUCAAAAUGCUAAAAUAACUAGCUGUCUCGCCCUUAAUUAAUCAUUUCAAAGAGGAAAUGGCUGCCUCGUGGCGGAGCGACGGCGUCAUUCGCUCUGCGAGCAGCAUGCGGCCGAGCGCGCAGGCAGCCCACUCUCACAUUUAGUUCCCAAACACUUGAAUGAAAGCGGCGAGCUUUUAGUGGCCUUUCUGUCAGGCGGGCGGGCAUUCAGCAUAAUGUCUCAGCCAAAGCUGUUCAGCGUGUGUUAAUCAGUAGCUGUCAUCAGGAUCAAUCACACAUUCAAUUACUGUUUUACUUUGAGGUUUUCCUCAUUGAUUUCUCUUCAUUUUCUUCUGCUUCAUGUAAAAUGUAUUGUAAAGCCAAGGUUAGCGUGCGUUCAUAAAUGCCACCACAGCAAAGCUACUCUGUUUGUAUUUACAUUCUGAGUUUGGAGUGUUAUUUGUUUGCCAGGAGAGAUUUAUGAUCUGUUUAAUGUUUGCUCAUCUACGCGAUUCUGGGAAAAACGUGCUCCUCGCUCGGUCUGCAUCUGGUUCCGAUUUCAUCUUCAGAGAACCAUAUUGUUUGAAUCCAUAUCAAGCCUUUUAUGUCCGAUCACUCGAAUCAUUGUUGCCGAUCGUCUCGAGAGAACCGCAUCCCCCUGGCUUUGCAGAUAAUUCACAAAAAAAAAACAAAACAAAAAAAACACCACCCAUUUCAAAUCCCCGCCACUCUCAGCACUGUACAUAGGCAUAUAUUUAUUUUUGGAAAAAAAAAAAAAAGAAGAAGAAGACUGUGUACGAUUUGAGGUGACGUGGCGACAACAUAAGACUGAUCCUGCAUCGCUGUGGGGAGUUAAUGGUAUUUAUUCAGUUUAUUUUCUUCACGCUGUGCACAUUAAUCCACGAAGAUGCCAAUACACAGCUCGUAUUAUUUUUUCACUCAUGCAUUGGUUUUCCAGGGAAACAUUCAUCACGCUCUGUCUCAUUCAGAACUCCCCAAGAGAGAUAUAACAUUUCGUUACUCAAGUCGUAGCGGUGGAGUUUUAACUCUAAAAGAUUGCAUACACCAGCGAUCUAGAAUUGGAUUGGGCUGCACCAUCUCGGCUCUCCGCGGGAGUCAAAUUGCAAAGUCCCAAUAAAGACUACACCAACUGAAACAUGGAAAAUAAUAAGCAGCUGGGUCCCCUGUACCAGAUGGAAACAUUUUCAGAUUCUGCUCUAACAUCUUCCCCCCAUGCAUUACAAUAAUGGGUCUGAGGCUGCGACACAGUUGAGUUUAAAUUGACUAUUUCAAAGCUUGAAUUCAGGUCAGACAACUUGGCAACAGAAAGUGCUCCAUCUUUCAGUGCACAGCGCAUCAUCGAGUCCAGAGCUCGGUCAAGAGUGUGAUGGAUGUGAUUUAGGCCACCGGGAAAACCUCUGCAUCCGCUGCAAUGUCUCUUGUCACGUCUGCCAUUUGAUCAGGGGGAACAUUAUAUGCAAGUUAUCAUUUUGUCUUUAAAACAGAUGGAGGAAGGUUUACCCAUAACGUGCCAGGAAGUUGGUGUUUAUAGUGGCGGCGGCAUGUGUGCUGGAAACUAGUCUGUUCUUGAUUUGUGCCUUUUUUUUUUUUUAUCAACAUGUGAGUUCUUGACAUGCCGAGCACUGUCUGUCCUAGACUUGUUCUUUCCAGUAGACGGGCAGCAAUAGCAGCACAUGCAGGGCCCAGACAGCCCUGCCUUCAUACACUGGAUGAGUCACAGCUUCCAUUCUCUUACUAGAACGCCCCGUUUUCAUCUUUGUGUUUGGACACUGUUGCUAAGGCGACGACGUAUGACCACUUCCUGUUUGGGAUUAUUUAUCAGUGAUUGGCUGUAUCACACGACCAAUCAGCAGUGCUAUCUGUUGAUCUGCAAGGACUCGGUCAAGCCCAGCUGUCCCGAUGCCUUCUCCUCCCUCCUACCUUGUAAUUAACAGAAGACUUUUAUAGAGGUCACAAAUGAAAUAACUAAAUGCCAAUUUUGUAAGAAUGAUUUAUAAAAAAAUAAACUCAUAUUUGAUGAUAA